AUGACCAGGGGUAAGGGUUGCUGUCGUGUUCUGCACUUGCAUGAAGACAACACCCGGUUCCUGUUGCUGGGGGUGGUGAUGCUGAUAUAUAUGGCAGCCGGUGCCUGGCUGUUCCAGUGGCUGGAACAUCAGAACGAGACGGACGACCGCAAACGCUACUGGGAGAUCUACAGGUGGUUCAUGGAAAAGUAUAAUGGUACAGUAGACCCAGCAGAUGUAGAAGUGUUGCUGUGGGAGUAUGGCAAUGCAUCUGCAUCGGGGAUCAUACAGAAGAGACCCCGUUGGGACUAUCCAGGUGCCUUUUACUUCGUGGGAACUGUCGUCUCGACAAUAGGUUUUGGGAUGACAACCCCAAAGACGCUGGCAGGACGGAUCGUUGUCAUCUUCUAUGGGUUCUUCGGCUGCUCGGGGGCCAUCCUGUUCUUCAACCUGUUCCUGGAGCGAAUCAUCACAUUCCUCGCCUACAUUCUGAGGAUGCUGCACGAGAGAGAUCUCAGAAAAAAGGGAUUCUUCGAAGGACGGCGAGACUCACAGCAGUCCUUCGAUUACAACUUAGACGAGUGGAAGCCCUCGGUUUACUGGGUGAUGUUGUACCUGUUUCUGGCCACCAUCAUCAUCGCCACGAGUGCCUCCUUCCUUUACAGCCCCAUGGAAGGGUGGACCUUCCUGGACUGUCUGUACUUCUGCUUUGUCACCUUCUCGACCAUCGGCUUCGGGGACCUGGUCACUUCCCAGGAGCCUCAUUACCCGCACAUGGAGCUCUACCGGGUGGCCAAUUUCGCCUUCAUCGUGUGCGGAUCGUGUUGCAUCUACAGCCUCUUUAACGUCACCUCCAUUGUCAUCAAGCAGUUCCUCAACUGGCUUAUGAAGACGCUGGACUUCUCGUGUAGCUGCAGGUCCAGGAAACCCCCGAGUAGACCACAGCUGCUCGCCAGAGGACGCCGGAACGCCAUUACCCCAUAUCACCUGAGGACCCAGGCUCGUAAUAUGGGUAAGGGCGCUGACACCAGCGAUAAUGAUUCUACCUACGAUAGCGAUGGUGAACGCCGGAAUUCUGGAGAAAUGAUUUCCAUGGCUGAUUUGUUGCGAGCGAACAAAGUAUCAUUGGCUGUGAUGCAAAAAGAGCUCCAUGAAUCCGCCCAAAGGGGUCAAGCAAUCAUUCUGCCAUCUAGGCUGGCCGCACAAGAGAACAGUUUCAAGCCAGGAGCAGUUGGACCUCUUGCCAUCGUUUCGAAAAAACUGGGCGAUGAUGAUACGUAAUAGAAUCUGCCAACUUCUUCCUCUCUGGAUAAUGAAUCAUUCAGCAAUUAAUCUGGAUUAUUUUAGUUAGCAUAUUUAGUACUCCAAGAAUCGAAAUUAUGUGCUGAUUGCAGACCAAGAAGGCCAAGUUCCUGUGUGCUUUUUUGCAACAAAUAGAACAGUAAAUGUUUAUUAGAACAUGAAGUCUAACCAGAUAUCUAUGAAGUCCCGUUUUUGUAUGUGCCGCUGAAUUCCUAACUUUCAACGAAUUAGUGGAAUCAUGUUGAGAAAAGAAACUAUGGCAAUAAAAGAUUAUGAGUUUUAUGAAGACUUUAGCAAUUAAUGACUUCAAUUGCUUAAAAUGUGAUUGAUUUCUUGUGAAGUAGAAUAAUUAUGAGAGAUGAACUGUUGCUUGAUUUUCUGAAAACUGGAACUUAUGUGAUUAAAAUCUGAACUUAUCAGAACGAUAUGGUGUAGAUAAACAUAGUAUAUAUUAGAGUCAGAUGUUCAUUUUCAAUCUCUUACUAAAUUUCUUCGUUCUCAUAGAUGGUGAUUUUUAGAAUACUUUCUAAUGAUAUUUUCUUUCAAUAUUUCAAUUAAUUUGUGGAAAGUAGAACUGAAAAUAGAAAAUAUUUCGAAUCAGUCUAAUAUCCUGAAGAUACAAUGACGCUAGUAAUGUACUUGUUGACCUUAUUUGACAUCGAUUUUUUCAGAAUAGUUAUUAACCAUUAAAAUGUGGCGAUGCUUAGUAUAAUCUAAGCCGCUACUGGGUUUUUUUUUAUAUAGAGAGAACCAAAAACUGAAGUGAUACGGAUGUUGUUACUUCAAUCCACUCACUGUUUCAAUCUGUCAAUAAUUUUAAGUGUUGUUGAAGUUCCUUUAAAAUUAAAAUAAGACUGUACAGAAAUGAAUAUUUAAAAUAAGAAAGAAUAUUUCUUCCUUUUUACUGAGAAAUUUUGAAAGUGCCAGAAUUGGGCUUGACAAAUCUUUCGCAAAAAGCCCAAAAAGUUAACAUUUACUAUACUUUAGAAUAGGUCAUAGGCAUCUUUGAUACAAACCAUUCCAGAUAUGUAGAGCUCAACAUAUGAGCAAGUAAUAAAUAAACAUUCCAUUUCGCUAAUAAAAAUUUUAAAUAAACAGUUAGUUGUAAGAGUUUAUUAAAGCGAAAUAUUUUCAGCAAAGCUAGAAAGGCGCUUCAGCAAAGUGGUUUAGAUAUUUAGAUGCUUAUAUUUUUAAGUGAUAUAAAUGUUUGUACACUGCUAACGAAAAUGAUGUUUUUGUUAUAUAUUUUUAAAGAAUUUGCUAUUUACAUAACAAAUAUUUGAUGCUAGGUAUUUUGGAAAUCAUCUGUCGGUUAAUUAUUGUUGUAUUCAAAACAUAAGUUCAAUAAUAUUUCCUAAAUUUAAUGUCAUUGUCUUGAUUAUUAACGAAGGAAAUAAACGUGUAUUACAUAACAUACACUUUAAAUUUUUAUUCUUUGAAAACUGUUCAUUGGAAAAAGUACUUUGUCCUUCAUACAUUCAUUGUAAAAAUUUAAAUUUUUCACUUCAUUCUGUCCAGCCGAAUUUUUUCUCUAUGUUAAUUUUUUUGGCUUAUAAAAUAUACCAAAUUAUUU